AUGGCGAAAAAUAAGAUUGCACCAGUGAAACAAACGUCUAUUCCUCGUCUGGAAUUAUGUGGUGCUCUCAUAGCUGCUAGGAUGAGAGAACUCAUAGUAAAGGAGUUUUCAUGGGAGUUUGAGCAGAAAUGGCAUACAACAAGGAGGAAUGUAAGAAGUGGAGAUGUGGUACUUGUGCAAGAUAGUAAUGUUGUGAGAGGGGCAUGGAAACUAGCACAGGUGAUUAGAGCUGAUCCAGGACAAGAUGGUGUUGUCCGAGAUGUUGAUUUAAGGUAUAAGAUUAUGAAGCAUGGGAAGAGAUAUGAUGAUGAAGUGGAUAAGAUGUGUAGAUCAGUACGUACACAGUGUCGCACGGUUAGCGGGAGAAGGCGAACUGCCGUCAAAUUUUCUAACCACUCUGGUACUGCCUAUUGUGUUGAGUGGUGGUGGCUGGUGGUGGCAGGUGUUAUUCUUGUGGAUGUAAACACAAGAAUGAAGUCGGUGACAUUACAUUUCAACUUCAACCGCCAUGGGUGUGCAAGAGGAACUCGUCGCCCUGAAGAGGAAGAGGGCAAUCAGCAAAGGGAAGUUCACCAGGAAGGUGGAGAAGCACUUCAAGCAGUGAAGGGCUCAGAGGGUAAUUAUGAUGAAAUGAUUCAACGUUUGGAUGAUAAAUUUGGGGAUUCAAGAAAGAUUGUAGACUUCGUGGUUGGUGAGCUUAGAUCUCUGAAGAAAAUUUAUGAUGAUGAUACCAAAGGAUUUAUUAAAAUGGUCGAUCAGGUUGAGCAAUUGCAAGUGGUGGACGUGUUGACCAGCUUAGAGAUCCGCAUUCAUCGUAUGAAUGCAUUGAAGACUCAGGUCUGGUUGGAACCCACCGCUGAAAUUGUUCAACCUGGUUGCGGGGAUGGAAACGUCUCCCGCGGAACUCUUCUUAAUACUAAUCUGGCGCUGUUCUUCGGAGCAGCGGUUAUUCUUUCAUUACUUGGAUGGACGAUCUUCUCUUUCUUGAAGAGGAGAUCGACUUCUUGGAUGGAUUCUGACAUUAUUGACGACGCCGAACUUCUGGACGAGAAAGAAGGAUUUGAUGAGGCCUUGGAUGACUUCCAUGUUAGGAAGAUUGUAGAUCUUGAGGCAAAUCAUCAAACGGACAUUCAAGAUACGAUGGACUAUGAAGAUGAAGACUCCGAGGAGGAAGAGGAGGAGGAGGAGGAGGCAGAAGGAGAGAUCGAAGACCCCUCGGAGUGUGAAACAGUAGAAGACGAUGAAGUCUCUGAGGAAGAAGAGACAGUAGAAGAGGACGAAGACUCAGAGGAGGAGGAGGAGGAGGAGGAGGCAGUAAAAGAAGAAGGCCCCUCAGAGUAUGAGACAGUAGAAGACGAUAAAGACUUUGUGGAGGAGGAGGAAGAAGCAGUAGAUGAAGACUCCGAGGAGGAGGAGGAGGCAGAAGGAGAGAACGAAGACCCCUCAGAGUAUGAAACAGUAGAAGACGAUGAAGACUCUGAGGAAGAAGAGACAGUAGAAGAGGACGAAGACUCAGAGGAGGAGGAGGAGGAGGAGGAGGCAGUAAAAGAAGACGGCCCCUCAGAGUAUGAGACAGUAGAAGACGAUAAAGACUCUGAGGAGGAGGAGGAAGAAGCAGUAGAAGAGAACGAAGACCCCUCAGAGCAUGAGACAGUAGAAGAGGAGGAAGACUUUGAGGAGGAGGACACAACAGAAGAAGAUGAAGACCACGCAGAAGAGGAGAAGGGGUCUUCUGACGACGAUUAUGAGGAGGAGGAGAAGGAGGAAGAGAAAGCGAAACCAGAGGACGAAGAUGAUCACGACGAGUUCCUGGAAAUUCUGGGGCAGUUCAUGAACGAUCCCACCGCCCCCACCGAAUUUCCAAGGCCAUCCCUGGUGCAUGGUCCCAGGAGGAAUCAUGUCCUCGAGGUAGUUCUCGCGAUGCGUGGGAAAAUGGACAGACUCUCAAGGGAGAAUGAGAAGCUGCAGAAGGAACGAUUGGACCGCCUGAAUUUGACUGAAGAACUGCAAGACAAGAAGGACAUAGACACGAACAAUAUGAGAACAGAGAUUGAAAGCCUUGCAGGAGAGAAUAGCAAGCUGAACACAGCCUUACUGGAAUGCAAGAGGCGGGAAAGGGAACUAGAAUGUCAAGUUCAAAAAUUAACCGAGGCGGUCAAAAACUUAGAAGAAACGAGAACUGGGAAGAAAGAACAGGUGCCUUCUGAAGUACAAGGAGGCACUGAGGCCGCUGAACUGCAGAGUAUUAUCGAUAAACAAGCCGAUCUAAUCAGCCGUUUGAAGAAGAAGCUUCUGGAAAUGGAAGAGGAGAGACUGCAGCAUGAGUCCGAUUUCCAAGAAUGGGAAAAGACAGUCUUUAAGGUCAGGAAUGAGAACUCCAAGUUGAAGGUAGCCUUGGAGGAAAUCAAUCAUAAAAACGAACUAUUUAGAAUUUUCGAAAAACGUAAUAAAGUCCUGGAAGAAGAAACCAAAAGGCUGAAGCGAGAAAUGGCCGACAAAGAAAGUAAGGAGAAGAAAGAGAAAAGUUUAAUCUCAAAGGAGAUGGAGACCCUCAGGAGGCAGAAGACCGAAGCGUUUAUAGUCUGCGACGAGAUGAGGAAUGAGAAAGAGUCGAUGGCCCGUCACAUUCUCACACUAGAACGUGAGAACAAGGAUUGCAAGAGAGACGUGGCCUAUUUUCAGGAGUGGUUUGCCAAGGAUUACACAAAUCACUCCGAGGACGAGCAAGUCAUGGGACAAGAUGCCACCAACAAUGGUAUGAUGGAGGAUGAACUUCACAAGUAUUCGGAGGCAGGAGGACCAGCUCUCAGUAUGAGAGCCAACAACUAUGUGGAGGCAGGAGGACCAGCUCUCAGGAUGAGCCAACUAGUGGAGGAAGGAGGACCACUCAGGAUGAGCUAG